AUGAGUACUCAAUACUUGCACGAGCCGAUCACUUCGGGAAAAGUGGUGCUCCAGACGACGGCCGGCGAUAUUGAGAUUGAGCUAUGGUGCAAAGAGGCGCCAAUGACAGCCAGAAAUUUCAUUCAAUUAUGUAUGGAAGGUUACUACGUCGGCGCCCCAUUUCACCGCUUAGUCAAGGACUUCAUCAUUCAAGGUGGCGAUCCGACCGGAACUGGGCAAGGUGGCGAGAGCAUCUAUGGUCAUCCGUUUAAAGAUGAAUUCCAUCAACGUCUCACUUUCAACCGUCGUGGCUUGUUGGGAAUGGCUAAUUCUGGCCGGGAUUCUAACGGCUCCCAAUUUUUCUUCACGCUCGGCACCGAUCCCGUCCAAGUUCGCGAGUUGACGAAGAAGAAUACAUUAUUCGGAAAAGUCGUUGGACCGACUAUGUUUAAUAUGCUGAAACUGGCGGAAUGUGAAGUGGAUGCCAACGAGCGGCCAACCACCAUCUAUAAAAUCACAGGAGCAAAAAUCGUCAACCAUCCCUUCAAGGAUAUUAAGCCGAGAGAAAAGGAGCGUCGAGAGAAGAAAAAGAAGGAGCCGAAGGUUGUUGAGACUAAGAAACUAAACCUUUUAUCCUUUGGUGAUGAAGCAGAAGAUGACGAGGCUGAAAUUCUGGAGAUCAAUAAGAAAAUUGGCACUAAAGGAAAGAGUGCUCACGACGUGCUGAAUGAUGAAAAGCUCAGCAAACAGGUGGCCGUGACCAAGGAGGAAAUGGCUGAUUAUGAUCCGGAAGAAGAAGAGCACGAUCCGACAGCCACCAGCCGUAUCCGCGACAAAUUGGCGAAAAAGAGGAAGCAUGAAGAGGACAAGCCAGAGGGUGCUGCCGAGGAGGACCUCGCCGAUAUUAUUGAGCAAGAGCGGAAGAAGGAGGAGCAGGAGAAAUUGGAUGCGAUGACGAGCGAGCUCAAAGCUAUGCAAAAAGAAUAUAUGAAGGCGCUGCGCGGGCCCAAGCAAAAGAAAGUCGAAGCUGUAGAGACCCCGGUCUCGGACGUGUUGGCCGAUUACAAGGAGAUGCGUCUGAAAUACAAAUCGAAGACGAAGAAGCUGAAGAGUAAGCGUGACGACGAUCGAGAGAACCAGACGAUGCAAUUGCUCGAGCGCUUCCGCGCCAAGCUGGACGCCGCCGAGCGAACGGAUAUUUUGUUUGAUAAGAAGGUGGCUGCUGAUCUCCCUGCACGUAUCGAUCUUGGCGGCGAAGGUGAAGAAGAGGAAGAGGAAGGCAAGGAAAAAGCUGGCGAGGAUGGCGACGCAGCAGGGCCCUCUGAGGAUAAGAAGUUCGGCUACGACUUGGAUGCUGAAGAUGAGGCCGGGAGCGACUGGAUGCAGCACAAGUUUGUGGCCGAAGAUGCGGUGGAUCCAAACCUGACGAGAGCCUUGGAUGCUAAUUUGCGCGACGAGACUGGCGACUGGUUCGACCUCAGCGACCCUCGGCAUCCCAUCAACAAGCGAAAGCGUGGGGAAAUU